GGGGCGCUGUUGCUUCUGUCCCGCGGCAGGAAAGCACCGCCUGGGCGGCUGCAAGGGGCUGGGCUGCAGCCGGAGCUGGCGCUGCCAGCAGGGACCAGCAGCGGCAGCAGCAAUGAGAGAAGCAGGGCCCGGCACCACGGAGCCUGCCUCCUUGCGAGCCCAGUACCAGAGCCUGGCCACCGAGGCGGUCCUGAGCACGCUGCUGGCCCUGCUGCUGUACGUGGCGCUGAAGGUGAGCGUGGACGGGAUCCGCCACUGGAGGGCCAAGGUGCCGGUCUUGGUGGUGGGCGCCGGGCCGGUGGGGCUGGCGGCGGCGCUGGUCGCUGUCCGCUCGGGCAAGGUGCUGACGCUGACGCUGCUGGACGAGCGGCCCCGCGCCGCGCUGCUCUGCCGACCCCAGCAGAUCGCCCUGGAUCCCCGCAGCGUCCGCUUCCUGCUGGGCCUGGGGGUGGACUUCGACAACGUGGAGGGCUGCUGGGACCGGGAGCACUUCUUCACCAAGAUCGGCGUCUUCCAGGAAUACCUGCUCAGCCUCCUGGAGCAGCGCAAGCGGCAGCUGGGCAUCCGGAUCUUGCUGGGCACCAAGUUUUCAGAUGAUUUUCUGAAAAAGAAUUUGGCCUCUGAUUGGCCAAAGAUAAUUGUCCUGGCCGAUGGAUCCUGUGGAGAAUCCAGCACAGUCCUUGGAAUCAGCCCUGAGUACAUUGUGGAAUCUUGUAAUGCUUAUGGAGCAAACGCUGUCAUUGAGAGACCAGAUCAGAGACAGGUACCAACACCAGAGAUCCGUGCACAUAGCCUGUACUUUGAUCUGUCUGCGUAUGGCAUGGAUAUGUCUGCUAUGGGUCAGGAAUCUCCAAAGCCUGGAUUCCAUCUGAAAAUCUACGGGACAUUUCAUGACCGUUACCUGGCUCUGGCCUGCCCCGCUUCAGAUUCUAAAAUUGUGAGGUUCUUACGCCACACACUCAAUUCCUCAAUAAUGAAAAACAUAUUCCACCAGUCUUUCAAUGCCUACAAGAUGGAUAUAGAGCCCAGAGUGAAUGAACUGACUCUCCAUCACAUCCAGUGUAGUCGCCGGCUCUUUGAAAUCAUGCUGUCCCAUCGACGGGUCACUGCGGCUUUCAUUGAGGGAGACAAUGUUGUCGUCACGGUGGAAGGAGAAGCAGCCAGAGUGCUGAAUUUUGACACCGGCUGUGGAGUUAAUCUUGGACUAAGAGGUUUGGAGUCAACAGAAGAGUUGAUCUAUAAGGUGGCUACAGCUGUGGAUCAGAAUGACAUCUUCGAAGCACUGGCGGCUAAAAUCCAGCAUUCGAAGCAAGUUGCAGAAGAUUUUAAGCAAUAUGGAUUGUUUGCGACUAUGUUUGAAUGAUCAGAUGGGACAUAACCACAGGAGAACUACACGGGUUCUGUACUUUAUUGCACAUAAGCACAACUGAAAAUAGCCUUCUCUUUCAAAAGGAAAAAAAAGGUGGGGGGGACCAGUGUUCUCUCUAACAAGAAAUCCCAGAUGUUGUUGACUACAAUGCUCAUAAUCCCCAGAGGGGCAUUGAGGUAAUUUUGGAGCCUGGACCUAAAGGCCUUUCGAGCCCCCCCCCCCCCCCCGCCUGCAAAUUAAGCAUCAUCAUGCUUUGCCAGGCAACCACACCACCCGGGACAGACUAAAGAGGAUUUGGGGGCCCCCAGGAGCUGUGGAGGCCCUGGACUUCAGUCUGGAAGUCCAGGAGUAAGAGUGCUUCUGAUAAUCCCAAUUCCCAACCAAAUGCCAUUGCAUUGCCAGGAAAUCUAGAACCACCAACAAAUGGAAGUACUUUUAUACACAAUGCAUAAUCAUCUUGUGGAAUUCUCUGCCACAAGAUGUGGUGACAGCUAACAACCUGGAUGGCUUUAAGAGGGGUUUGGAUAACUUCAUGGAGCUGAGGUCUAUGAAUGGCUACUAGUCUGAGGGCUAAAGGCCACCUCCAGCCUCAGAGGAAGGAUGCCUCUGAUGGUACUCAGUUUCAGGGGAGCAACAGCAGGAGAGAGGGCAUGCCCUCAACUCCUGCCUGUAGGCUUCCAGCGGCAUCUGGUGGGCCACUGUGUGAAACAGGAUGCUGGACUAGAUGGGCCUUGGGCCUGAUCCAGUAGGGCUGUUCUUAUGUUCUUAUGAGUUGCAGUCAACAACAUCUGGGAAUCCCUGUUAGAGGAAACACUGGAACCUAGUAUUACUACUGAUAACAAUAACUCACUUGUAAAUGGGCUCAGGCCAUAAUACAUAGCAUGGCUGACAUCGUGCGCAAAAUUACGUAUGCAUUGCAGUCCAUUGGCACAGUGGUGCAAGAGUGCUUUUUGGGCAGGCAAACAUUUCGCAAGCACAGUGGCACAACUGUGUGGCCAUGAUUUCCAAUGGCUGUACUGUGGCACAACUCCAUUUGCACCUUUGUGUACUUGCACAAGAGCUCUCUUGCACAACUGCACGAAUGUGAUGUUGCAAUACGCAUACUCCUUUGUGUCAUAUGGCAGUCCCUGUUUUCAAAUGUGGAUCUCCCAAUCACUUCUAGGUGAUUUAACAUACCCAAAGGGUGUGUAGCGAAAGCAGGGACGGACCCUCUGUCUUACCGGAUGAUCUGUUUGCCAUAGCCCUUUUCCUGAGGCCCAUUUCUGAUAUCAGAGCACAGUGGGGGGCGGGAUGAAGAGAAGACUUGGGUGAAGGAUUUGAAGGACUGCAGGCAUAAGAGUACUGGUACAGGGAGAGUCACCCACAUGUCUAUUUAGUGCUUUAAAUUGCACCCUCGCCCAGAGGUGCCCAGAGGGUGGCCGAGUGUGACCUCUGCUUUAGAUACAGAGGGAGGAGUGGGAAAAGAAAUAUGUGGGAUGGGAAUAUGUGAAGCUAUGUGUUGAAAUGUGUGUGCUAAUGCAGAUUGGCCUAAAUAUACCUGUUUUAUAUUCUUACUUUCUUGUGAGUUCAGUUGCUCUUCGUGUCCUCAGGAAUCCAUGUGUUAAAAAUACUGUGUAUGUAUUUUUAAUGGUGUGUUUGUGUGUGUUUGUGUGUCUGUGUUCGUGCGCAUAAAGGUGUCCUUACCCCAGGGCCUCCACACCCGCUGGGCCCCCAAAUCCUCUUCAGUCUGUCCCAGGUAGUGUGGUCACUGUGCUGCUGCAUGUUGAAAUGUUUCUGCUAACGCAUAUUUGCCUAAAUAUACCUGUUUUAUAUUCUUA